AUGGACGAGUUGUCUAUCGUCUUCGCCAUGGACAGCGACGGCGUGGGUGGGCGGAUAGCACCACAACAAGAUUUCUCCCUCACACCCUCGUUCGUCAACCACCCACCCAACGUCAAUCCCAUCGGCGAACGCUUCGCACUCGUCUCCGCACUUACACCGCCUGCAGAACCACCUCCUUCGACGUUGGGGAGCGUUACACGUGCAAGGCCGUUGAUUGGGCCUCGUAUGAGCGGGUUUCGUGGGUUUGAACGGCGAAGGAAGGCUCCUGGGCAUCGCCCUCGGCACCCUCCCUCGCAGCCCGAGGCCUUCUCCUUCCUUCGCCGCGUCUUCCCAGAUGCUCUCCAGGGACGACAAUGGCGGUAUCGGUGGGCGAACGAUGUCGUACGGCUAUACGUGGUCUCCAUCGACAGCACCGCUGGGAUUCGUGGUCUGCGUGGUGUUGGACAGCGGCGAGAGGUGUCAGAUGUCGUGUAUAGUGGCGACGAAGGGCUGUAG